AUGAAAGAAAUGGUCGUGAACCAGGAGAAACUGGGCAAACUUCAGGCACAAGUGUGCAUUGGCCGAAAAAGACCUGCUCGCAGAAAGAAGAAGGUAGUUCACAGAAGAGCCACAGGAGAUGCUAAAAACCUGCAGUUCUCCUUAAAGAAGUUAGGAGUGAACAAUAUCUCUGGUAUUGAGGAGGUGAACAUGUUUACAAACCAAGGAACAGUGAUCCGUUUUAACAACCCUAAAGUCCAGGCGUCUCUGGCAGUGAGCACCUUCGCCAUCACAGGCCACGCUGAGACAAAGCAGCUAACAGAAAUGCUUCUCAGCAUCCUAAACCAGCUUGGGGCGGACAGUCUGACUAGUUUAAGGAGACUGGCUGAAGCUCUGCUCAAACAAUCCAUGGAUGGAAAAGCACCACUUGCUACUGGAGAGGAGGAGGAGGAGGAUGAAGUCCCAGAUCUGGUGGAGAAUUUUGAUGAGGCGUCUAAGAACGAGGAAAACUGAACUGAGGUGACUUCUGAAGAAGGUGACGCCUGUAGAAGUUACAGGAGCUGCUGUUUGAUAUCAUGACUGCUUUUUAAAAUGCUUUUGUUUAUGGAUCUGAUAAAAUCUAGAUCGCUAAUAUUUUUAAGCCCGAGCCCCUUGGACACCACAGUUCUUUCAGUUUUUGCUUAAACACAACUCAUUCUUUGCAGCAAAUUAAGCUGAAGAAGACUGGGAAUAAAGUUUGGAAAAGAGUUAAUAAAAUUCUUUGCCUA